GUCAAAUCAGCAGACAAUCGUAUCCUCCAGGAACAACUGCAGAAUAAGAAUCAAAAAUUGGCUGAAGAAGCUUCUUAUGCCAAGGAAUUGGCCUCUGCUGCAGCUUUUGAAUUGAAGAAUUUGGCUAGUGUCGGUGUUCAAAAUUGUAAUGGUGGCAACUACAAGAACAGUAGUGACUUAAGACCCGGUCGUAAGGGUCUACUCUCCGGCCAAGCAAAGGAAGUUUCAGGAAUAACCUAUGAUGACUUUGACUUGGAAGGAAACAACGUGAAGGUCACUCUUGAGGAUGCCUUGGCUGAAAAGGAACUUGUGGAAGUUGGACGUAGGAAAAAGGUUGAUGAGGCAAAGAAAAUGGAGACAACUUUGGAAAAUGACUUAGCAAACAUGUGGGUUCUUGUUGCUCAGCUUAAGAAAGAAGCGGAACCAGUCACCAACUCAAUUACUAAUGAAAGGCAUAAUGAUGGAACAAGCCAUGUAGAUGAUGGAACAGGAAUAAUGGUUUUGGAUGUUACAAAAUUAGCUCUCAGCAUUCUCAAGGGAGAACUACUCUUUGUUCGUCUAAGGUCUCCCUCUCUGACUGUCAGUGUGCACAUAUGA